AUGUCUUCCGGCAACAGCGCUUUCGUUGAUCUCACGUCUUCUCCUCGGACUGCUGUGCAUGACGGGCCUGCCACCAUGUCGACCGUCGAUCUGGCCGAUCCAUCGCUGGAUUUCACCGAUGUGCGCGCUUCGCUGAACGCUUUGCAACAGGCUAUCGAUCAGACCGAGGCACUGCGUGAGCUCCGCCAGGAUCAUGAUGUUCUGCGCCGCAAGUUUCUUACCACGCCACGUCGCCGAGAAGACCUGGAUCGGCAGCUUGCUGGCGCUGCUAAUGCUGCUUCCCCGUACGUACUCUUCUGUCAGCGCAAGUAUGAGGUUGUCCAUCACCAGCUGGAAUCCACUCAGAAGGAGCUCGUCGAGUGCCUGGAUGCGCAGCAGGAGCGUCUGGAUAACUCCCAUGAGCUCGAGGCUUGCCGCCUUCGGUAUCGCGAUCUAUUGCUCCGCUAUAACGAAGCCGUCUACGAUUUCCAAGACCGAGUUUUCAUUCUGGAGGUACAGUUGGCCGCAGCCUCUUCCUUCGAGGUCGCGCGUGAUCGCCAGGCCUCCCUAGACUCGACGCUUCGUGAAUCGGCUACCCAAGCGGAGGUAGAUCGCCUCGAGGCCGCGGUCGAGCGUAAGACCCGUCGCUUCCGUGCUUUGCGUGAAGGCUAG